AUGGCGUCUGUUGCUGUUAGGAGUGCAAAAUUUCUUUGCUCCUCUGCCGGUUUUCGUUUGCAUUUAUGUCGAUCUUUGAUGGUCAGAGCCGGCUGUAAUAAUGCUGCAUUCGGAUACCACCAACCACAUAACAGUCCAGCUUUGCUGUCGGCCCCUUCGACCACACGGCAGACAUCACUCACAACCCAGAUUAACUCUGUGAGGUCCUAUGGCCACAGACCCACACUCAGUCUAGAGAAUGUUGAAAAGAGAGUUAUGCUGGUGCUCAACCUCUAUGACAAAAUUGAUCCCAACAAGUUAACUCUGGAUGCCCAUUUUCUGAAUGACCUUGGUUUGGACAGCCUUGACACAGUAGAGGUUAUCAUGGCAAUGGAGGAUGAAUUUGGUUUUGAAAUUCCUGAUGCAGAUGCUGACCGGCUACUGCGGCCCCGUGAUAUUACCAUGUGUAGGAUACUCAGGUAA